AUGUCACAAUUCCGCACUAUCAAGAGAGUCUUGGUAGCCAACAGAGGUGAGAUUGCUUGUCGCAUAAUACGUUGUUGCAAGGAGAAUGGACUCCGAAGCAUUGCAAUAUACUCCGCCGAGGAUGCUGAAUCUUUACACGUACUCUCAGCUGACGAGGCUAUGCUAUUGCCAGGGGUCGGAGCACAGGCAUAUAUAGAUAUCGACCACGUUGUGUCUGUCGCCAUAAACCUGAAAGCCGAUGUUGUCGUUCCAGGUUAUGGCUUUCUCUCUGAGUCUCCACAAUUUGCAGCUGCUUUGGAGAAGAAGGGUAUAGUGUUUGCAGGACCAACCGGAAAAUCGAUCGACACGUUUGGCUUGAAGCACUCGGCAAGAAGUUUGGCCGAAAGCAACGAUGUGCCAGUCGUUCCCGGUUCUGGACUCAUCACGGACAUAGCUGAAGCCCAACUGAUUGCCAACAGAAUCGGAUACCCUGUCAUGCUCAAGUCCACUGCUGGAGGAGGUGGUAUGGGCUUGAAAGUUUGCUACAGGGAGGACGAAUUGAGCGACGCAUUCAAGGAGGUCGUCUCAAGAGGCGAAACGUUGUUCAAUAACUCUGGAGCCUUCCUUGAAAAGUACGUAGAAUGCGGUCGGCACAUCGAGGUUCAAGUCUUCGGCAACGGUCAGGGCUAUGUGCGUGCCUUUGGCGAACGUGAAUGCUCUAUUCAAAGAAGACAUCAAAAGGUCAUCGAGGAAGCGCCUAGCCCUUUUGUGGAAAAUGGCCGGACGCUGUUGAGGAAACAACUAGUAACCUGUGCCGCUCAUCUCGCCGCUUCUGUCAAGUAUAAAUCGGCAGGUACGGUAGAAUUUCUUGUCGACGAUGAGACUGGCAGCUUCUAUUUCUUGGAGAUGAACACUCGACUUCAGGUGGAACAUGGCAUAACCGAAUUGGUCUACGGUGUUGACUUGGUAAAGUUGAUGUUACUCCAAGCUGAUUAUGAAGCUAGCGGUGAGCCAGGCAUGCCCAAAAGUCUCCUUGAGAAGGAAGGAAAAUGUGAAAUUGACAGUGACGGUGUUGCUAUCCCCCGAGGACAUGCAAUCGAAUGCAGAGUGUAUGCUGAAAAUCCCGUCAAGAACUUUCAGCCAGCGCCGGGUGUCUUGCAUUUUGUUGAAUUUCCAGAUGAGCUCGAGAAGGAGUCCAAGUUGCGUAUUGAUCAUUGGAUAUCAACCGGGAAGUAA